AAGGUCAACAACAAGAGGAACUUUGCACUCUUUUGAAACGUCCAUGGGGUGUCUGAGUCUUCUUGGUCAAAGAAGAAUGCACCGACCGUCAUUGUAUUGAGAGCUACCCCCGCCUUUCUUUCUCUGCUUCCUCUUCUCCUCCGAGCUCCUCCUUCUUCCUCCUCAAUCCAUCUCACUCUUUAUGUUCCCCACAAUUUCUCAUGUUGUGAAAUCCCAACCCUAGCUAGAACAAAUACCAACAAAACGAGGACAAAUUAAGAGGAAAGUAGGCUGAGAGAGCUAGCUACCAAAAUUGCCUACCCCUGCUGCUCAGAGCCGUGUUUGAAUUUAAUUUCCUCCUCCACCUCCUCCUUAGAUCUUCAAGAUCUAGCUUUUCCUGAUCAUGAAUUUCGGCGCAUCCAGAGAAGGAGGAGGAUUUUCCGAGGAUGAAGCAAGAGGUAAGCUUCCCUUUUCAUCUUACUCUCCCACCUCUCCCUCUUCCUCUAAUUCUUCACCUCACUUCAACACCACCAGUACGGCCACUCUUCUCCCCGCUGGUCUCCGCAGCUCCUCUGCCAGCUGGGAUACUUACGGCGGAGGUGGAGGUCCCGACACGAGGCUAGAGCUGAUGGACUCGUCGCCGCGUGAUAAUAACAAUAACAAUAGUCAAGAGAUGAACAAUGAAGCUCAUACAAGUUCAGCAGCAGCAGUAGCGGCCAUAGAGAAAGAACACAUGUUCGACAAAGUGGUGACGCCGAGCGAUGUGGGAAAACUUAACCGGCUGGUGAUUCCUAAGCAGCACGCCGAGAAGUACUUUCCACUCGACUCCUCCACCAACGAGAAGGGUCUGCUCCUCAACUUCGAGGACCGGACCGGCAAGCCGUGGCGGUUCAGGUACUCGUACUGGAACAGCAGCCAGAGUUACGUCAUGACCAAAGGCUGGAGCCGUUUUGUCAAGGAGAAGAAGCUCGACGCCGGCGACAUCGUGUCGUUCCAGCGCGGGCUCGGCGAGUCGGGGAAGGACCGCCUCUACAUUGACUGGAGGCGCCGCCCCGACGCGCCUGAUCCCCACCACCACCACCACGCGCUUCAUCAUCAUCACCCCAGUUUUGGAAUUCCUCCCCCGCAUCAUUACUCGUUCCACCGCUCGGUUCCAUGGAGCCCGCUUCUAAUGCGACCACCUGGAUCAUCAGCGUCGACCAUUGCACGAGAGCAUCAUUUACAGCAGCUUAAUUACAGCAUGAAUAUUCAUCCCUAUCGAAACAGCGGCUAUUCUAGCGGCAGUGCUGGCGGUGGUUAUGGAUAUGGAAAUGUGGUGAACAUGAACCCGGUCUGUUCGGGGCCGGUUUAUUAUCUAAGAUCAAGUGGAGGAGGAGGAUCAGUAAUCCCACAGCAGUUCCAUGAACAAGAAGGCAUUGCUAGUGCUCAUACUCAUACUCAUCAUCAAGUUGGUCUGGCGAGUCAGCUGGGUCGGGUUAAUGUGGUCGAGCCCAUGGUUUUGCAGUCGGUGCCUGUGGUCCAUGGUAAGGUAGCCGCAGCAGGCAAGAGGCUGAGGCUGUUUGGAGUAAACAUGGAGUGCCCCAUAUCCGAUCAGUCGGUCGACGACUGCGACAUUUUGUCCUCAUCAACUACUACUACUGCAAUGGCUCUUUCCCAACCCCCACUUCAGUUAAGGCUCUACGACGGCACGCCGGCCACCACCGACUUGUUCAACAGAGGCAAGACGUCUUCUUCCUCGUCGACCUCCAUGUCAUUGGAUUUCGGUGUUUGAACGAUGAAGACAACAGCAUUUGCUAGCUAGCAAUAUUAAUUAGUAUUCAGAGACACGCCGCAGAUGGAUCGAUCAUGGGAGCAGACAAUGUAUGUGCUGAAAGAAUAAAUAUUGGUUUGAAUUUCUGUACAGAAUCGAAGGAGUAAAAGGUUUGGGGUUUAUAUGCCUAGCAGCAGAGAUAUAUAUGCCAAAGCCACCAUGUGUUGUUCCAAUAGUUAAACAGCUCUUUCUUCUUCAUCAUCAUCAUCAUCACCAGGCUCUGGUCUCCAUUCCAAGCCUUCCUGAUGAACUUGUUUCCUCGAUUUUGUUUAUAUAUUCAGCUCCAUCUUCUAAUAUAUUCAUAUAAAUUCUCUUCGGCCACCGACUUCGAUCUUCCUCUAUCUAUUUACUAAGUUUUGGAAACAAAGUUUAGCUUUGCUGUCAUGUUGAAGGCAGUGAUCGAGCACAGUGCUUGCUAAAGCUACCUGAUGUAAUUGCAGUUUUGUAUUUUACCCUGGUAGGUUGUUGCUCUUGUCGCUGCAGCUAGCUACUUCGUUGGGCUCACCAUCCUCCCCCGCAGAUUUUGCAGAGAGACUUGCAGACAGAGCUUAGAAACAAACAAAAGGUAUAGGGUGUAUGUAAUUUAAAACUAUUUCUUUAAUUUUUUUUUGAGAAGAUUAAAACUAUUUCUUUAAUUAAAUCUCUUUAUCAUCAUUAAUUUUACUCAUUACUUCUUGCCAGUAAUUAGUUACCACCUUUGCUGCAAUAUUAAUUGAUUUAAAGCAUCUUAUUAGUUCCCGGCCAGCUGCUGUCCCUUCUCUCUAUGCAUAUCAUUUCAUUUUAAUUACUCCAUGUACACACUUUGAGAUCAAUUCUAUUGAGACUAGCUUCUCUUCUUAUAGUACGUACACUGGAGUUGAUCAUUAUAUAAUGUAUGUUGUUGAAAGAUACUACAAGAUCUAAGACAGUACGUACUUACAAAUUAAACUGCGCUCUCUCUGUUGGCUAUGUAACCAGCACUAGGCUGUCUUCUUUGUCCAUCCAAUUUCACAUAAUGCUUCUUUGGAUUUUACCCAUGCCGCACCAAUGUAAUUAUAAAGUUUGCGCCUGAACGUAAUUAAUGUGUAGACAAAUAUUGGACAUUUCUAGCUGGUAAAGAUAAAACAGUACUAUAUAGGCAUGUCUACGUACAUUCACUAGCUACCCUGCACAGUUUUUAUUUGCAUAUAUAAGUUUUUACUAAGCCUCCUAAUUAAUGGCUUUCGCUAGCUCCAGUUGAAGGCUUAAACUGUUUGAUGAGGCCGGUAAAUAUAUAUUACUAAGUCGAUCUGCUUAUUACUUGUGUAUAUGUAUAUGAUUUAUCAAUAGUUAAGUAGAAACCUGUUAUUUCAUCCAUCAUAUUGCAUGAAAAUAAAUCAAGUAUAGGAACAAAAUAGCUUGGAAAAUAAUUGUUUGACUCACGUACGUUUAGUAGCUGUAAUUAAUGUGCCUAAUUAUGUCAUUCAUUUUAGAGCAUAUCCAAUAGAUUUGGCAAAAUUUCUCUAAAAUAGAGAAAAAAAUGUCAAAAUCUUUAAAAAAAAUUAUGCUUAAACUCCAACCGUUUCUCUAUUUUACAU